UGUGGGAGAGCACGUCUGGAAUACUUGGACUGGUUUGGUUUGUUUUACUACUCAAACUGUCUUUGACUUGUUCGCUGUUGAAUUUGUACGAUUGUUGAACUUGUACGAUGCCUACACAAAGUUUGCCAAUCCGAGAUCCAGGCUUUUUCACGAGGUUACUGCAGCAAUACUUACUUUUAUUAAAGAAAUAUCCAAUCCUCACCAAAGCCGUGACAAGCGGCAUUCUCUCAGCACUGGGGAAUCUGCUGUCACAAGCACUGGAGUCAAGGAAAAAGGCGAAACAAGGAAGUCCAGCGAAGGAUGUUGACUUUAUCGGACCUGCACGCUUUGCAGUUUACGGGCUGUUAGUCACAGGCCCCGUGAGUCACUACUUCUACCAGGUGCUGGAGGUGCUUCUGCCGGCUACCGUGCCGUACUGCAUGGUCAAACGUCUGCUCCUCGACCGACUCGUCUUUGCCCCAGCUUUCCUACUGCUCUUCUUUUCUGUUAUGAAUGUGCUGGAGGGUAAGACACUGGCAGACUUUGAGAAUAAAGUGAAAAAGGGCUACUGGCCAGCUCUGAAAAUGAACUGGAAGGUUUGGACCCCAUUCCAGUUCAUCAACAUCAACUUUAUACCUGUGCAGUUUCGCGUGUUGUUUGCCAACCUGGUGGCCUUGUUUUGGUAUGCCUACCUAGCUUCUGUCAGGAAAUGAAAACUUACUGGACUGACUGUUCGACAGAACUUCGCACUGGUUGGACACAGCCCAGAAGAAGAUGUACUCCUAUCAAAUGCCUUGAAAACACAUGUGACCUUUGAUUAGAGACUUUCUAUACAAAGACAAACAUGAGCUGGGUGAAGACAACCAGUGAUUAAUUGCCCCAAUAAAAUUGUGUUAAGUCCUCUUGAGACAUAGAGAGAUUUUUUUUUUUCAACAGCUAAGAGCUAAGUAAUGUGUACUUCAUAGACACUGAAGUGUACUGAAUGAUGAUUUUAAUGGCUGUUUUUUGUUUUUUUUUAUUUAAAAAUUUGGUGCUUAAGACCAAAGAUACCACUAUAUGAAAUAUGACUGACUACAGUGUAACAACUGCCUGACUGAAGUGACUGAACUUGGAUUCGGUUCAGUUCAGUCGACUGUUGCUUUUUAUCCUGAAUGGAAAAGUUUAUUUUUGACUCACGUUCAAAAACUAAUAAAAGUUAUAGUGAAUCUAA